CAGUCAGCGGAUGCUGUCGACAUUGAUCACAUUGAGACAACAUGGAGUCGCAUAGCCUGAUAAGUCUCUUGGUGUUGGGUUUUUGCGCCACGAUCGGAGCCUCGUUACUGAAUUGCAACUGUCCACCUGGUCCGCGGGGACCGCCUGGUCUGCCGGGACUUAUGGGUCCUCCCGGUAUUAGUAGACCUUUCCCUGGCAUGUGGGGACAUCCUCCACCUGGGCCAGGUGGGCCCUUUGGUGGUCCUUUUACACCCAUCAUGGGUCCUCCGGGCCUGCCUGGACCACCAGGACCACCGGGCUACUGCUUUCCCUGUCCAUAUAGUCCGUUUGGAAGUGGACCACCAAUAGGUCCUGGAUUUGGACAUGGUGGACCCAAUCCAUACGGGCAGGGCAUCUCUACAGCAAUCGGUAAUCUCAUUGUCAUACCAUCUGUCCACAAUGGUCGUGCUCAUCUAUUCCGAAUCACACCCGAGGGCCAAUUGGUGCGCAUAGAGAACUCCAGGAGCGAGCUGAACGAAAUUCUCCCCACCAACUUCCAAGAGCAACUGGCGCAACAAGGUGCAGUACCUACAGCCGACCCAAUCCCAGUAAUCACACCACCAACGUCCGGUGAGCACCCCGAGGCAGGAGGAGUAGAUGAGGCAAUGUUCGCAGCUGGCCAGAAUGCGGAGGCCAAUGAAGCGGUACGAGGCAACUCCGAGGCCGCCGACUGGCGUCGUGUCCUGCUGGGCGAGUCAUCCGCAGUGAGAGCAGCCAAAAGUGAACCAAUCUCCAACAAGCAGCUGGAGAACAGCAUGGAUAGCUUUCAGCGUGCCUUGAGCGAUCUGAGGGAGAAGUACGCCUCCCUGAUACAACCGAAGUCGGACGAUCAGCCCUAUGCCGCCAUUCCCUAA